AUGAGUCGGAGAACUCGACGCUGGAUUUUAAGAGUUUUACUUUGUCUGGGAAUUGUUUACCUGAAAAUUGGGGGCUUCUCAUCUGUGGUGGCCCUCGGAGCGAGCAUAAUCUGUAAUAAAAUCCCCGGUUUGGCACCCAGACAGCGGAUUAUUUGCCAGAGUCGCCCCGAUGCUAUUAUAGUCAUUGGAGAGGGCGCGCAAAUGGGCAUCAAUGAGUGUCAGUUCCAGUUCAAGAACGGGCGCUGGAACUGCUCGGCCCUGGGCGAGAGGACCGUCUUUGGAAAAGAGUUGAAAGUGGGAAGUAAAGAAGCUGCCUUUACGUAUGCCAUCAUAGCAGCCGGAGUGGCCCACGCCAUCACCGCCGCCUGCACACAGGGUAACCUGAGUGACUGCAGCUGCGACAAAGAAAAGCAGGGUUUCUAUAGCAGGGACCAAGGCUGGAAGUGGGGAGGCUGCUCUGCAGACAUCAGCUACGGCCUGGGCUUUUCUAAAGUGUUUAUUGAUGCCCGGGAAGUCAAACAAAAUGCAAGGACGCUCAUGAACCUUCAUAAUAAUGAGGUGGGACGCAAGGUGCUGGAGAAGAACAUGCGACUGGAAUGCAAAUGCCACGGAGUGUCAGGCUCCUGCACCACCAAAACCUGCUGGACUACACUACCAAAGUUCCGUGAGCUUGGCUACAUUCUCAAGGAGAAAUACGGCAAUGCGGUUCAAGUAGAACCGGUCAAAGCCAGCCGCAACAAGCGCCCUAAAUUCCUAAAAAUCAAGAAGCCAUAUUCUUACCGGAAGCCCAUGGAUACAGACUUGGUGUACAUAGACAAGUCACCAAACUACUGCGAGGCAGAUAAGGUGACGGGCAGCUUGGGAACACAAGGGCGGGUAUGCAACAAGACUAUAUCACACAUCAGCGGCUGUGACCUGAUGUGCUGCGGCCGCGGCUACAACACACACCAGUACUCCAGAGUGUGGCAGUGCAAUUGCAAGUUCUUAUGGUGCUGCUACGUGAAGUGCAACACAUGCAGUGAGAGGACAGAGGUGUACACCUGCAAAUGA